AUGGCUCUCACCAACCCGACAGAGACGCCUCCGCCAUCACAGUACUCUGCGAAACGCCUGUCAGUCGAUGCAGAUGAUGCUUUCCCGGCAAAGAAACAGCGACGAACAUAUCACCGCUAUCAUUGUCUACAGCAUCCCUUGGGCUUUGCUGCUCCUGGCGCAGAAAUCUUGAACGAUAGCACAUCCAUCGAUGCACUACUGAAUGCGUCGAUAGCAAGGGUACUAGAUGAAGUCGGUUUUGAUAACAUCGGGCCUGUUGUCUUGGACAGCUUUAGGAACAAUGUUGAAGAACAUAUGCUUCACUUUCUAUCCUAUGUUCGCCAGUCGAUGGCAUCCAGCAGAAGAGUGCAGCCUAUACCGCAAGAUUUCGAGCAUGCACUCCGCUACCACUCGAUACGUGUGGACUCCCUUCAUCCGCAUCUGACUGCGUUCCAGCGUGCCGCCCAACCCUCUCCGCCAGCCCUUGCCACCAAAUCAACCCUCCUUACUCCUCCACCAGAAGAUAACGAUGAAGAGCCCGUACCAGCACGCAAUUUCGCAUUCCUGGGACCUGAACUUAACGUCAAGUGCGGCGACCCGAAGACUCUGUAUAUACCCAAAAAUUUCCCCAGCUUCCCAAGCAAACACACGUAUCAAGAAACGCCAGUGUAUGCUACAAAACGAGAGGCGAACCCCGAGAAGAUUCGAGAACGCGCGACUGAAGAAGGGCGGCUAGGCGAAGAAGCCUUACGCAAGCUUACCCGAGCCGCGAGAGACGGUCACGCGAACACACGAGGACAGCGAGAGAAGGCGCUAUGGGGACGCAAAAAUGAGAGUAUGGACAGCAUGUUCGAUAAGACGCUCAAGGCAUUAAUGAAGUCGACAUCUGUCGCCAAACAGGCCGAUGGAUCCUCAGCGCCGGAUCUAGGGCCAAUUGUGAACAGUAACCGAGUGUACUGGCGGAAGACGGCAACGCCUGCUGUCCGCGCUGACCCCCAGCGACCAGCCAUCGGGGUUAUGGAAGUGGAAUAG